CGUAAUCCACUUUGAUGAACGACGUGGCAAGAUUUAGAUCCAUUGUUUUUCCUUUUCUCUCUCUCUCUCUCUCCUCUCUCCACCUGCCUUUUUUUUGGGGGUACGAACACACAGAGCAAACAACAAUGGCGUUGAGACUUCCCACUCAGCUAGCGACACGUGGCAUAUUAAACCACCGCAACCACACUAAACCCACCACCACCUCGCUGUCAUGGCGGCGGGCAAUAUCACAGGAUACUCUACUCCCCUACCACACCUCUCUCACCACCAAGAAACCGCGCGUGCAACAAUUGGUAACAUGCAGUGCCAGUGGAAGUGCUCUGGCAGUGAAUAUGGCUCCAGGUACUCCCGUCAGACCGACAAGUAUACUAGUAGUUGGUGCCACUGGAACUCUUGGAAGACAAAUCGUGAGACGGGCACUCGAUGAAGGGUACGAUGUAAGGUGCCUUGUCAGGCCCAGACCCACUCCUGCCGAUUUCCUCCGUGACUGGGGCGCAACCGUUGUCAACGCAGACCUUAGUAAACCAGAGACAAUACCUGCAACAUUGGUUGGUAUCCAUACGGUUAUAGAUUGUGCCACGGGUCGUCCAGAAGAGCCCAUCAAAACGGUAGAUUGGGAAGGAAAAGUUGCUCUUAUACAAUGUGCAAAAGCAAUGGGGAUUCAGAAAUAUGUAUUCUAUUCUAUUCACAAUUGUGAUAAGCAUCCUGAAGUUCCAUUAAUGGAGAUCAAGUAUUGCACUGAGAAGUUCCUUCAGGACUCUGGCUUAACCCACAUCAUAAUCCGGUUAUGCGGUUUCAUGCAAGGGCUUAUUGGGCAAUAUGCAGUACCUAUACUGGAAGAGAAAUCUGUGUGGGGGACAGAUGCUCCAACAAGAAUCGCUUACAUGGACACACAGGAUAUAGCUAGAUUGACAUUUAUAGCUUUACGAAUUGAGAACAUUAAUGGAAAGCUUCUCACAUUUGCUGGUCCUCGAGCUUGGACAACCCAAGAGGUGAUAGCAUUAUGUGAGAGGCUCGCAGGGCAAGAUGCAAAUGUUACCACAGUUCCAGUUAACAUCUUAAGAUUUACUCGUCAGCUGACUCGGUUUUUUGAGUGGACAAAUGAUGUUGCUGAUAGAUUGGCAUUUUCAGAGGUCCUUGCAAGUGACAUUGUUUUCUCGGCUCCAAUGAGUGAGACUUAUAAUCUUCUUGGUGUCGAUUCGAAAGAUAUAGUUACACUGGAGAAGUAUCUGCAGGAUUACUUCACAAAUAUUUUGAAGAAAUUGAAAGACCUCAAAGCUCAAUCAAAGCAAACUGACAUCAUUUUUUGAAAGAAGACCUAUUUGUAAUUUCUGUGUAACUUAUGUUACGUACCCAAGAUACAAACUCCAGGUAAA